AUGUCUGGGAGUGGGAAUGGAUUAGAUUCAUCAAAUGCCAAUACAGGCACAUCCACAGGUGCAGCAAGCAGGAGCAAAAAUGCUCCAGGAAAUAGGACUGAUAUUGGGUGGAAGCAUGGGAUAGAUGUUUUAGGGAAUGGUAAAAAAGUUAAGUGCAACUACUGCUCAAAGAUCAACAAUGGGGGAAUUUUCAUAUUCAAGCAUCAUCUUGUUGGGACUAGAUGGGAUUCUAAACCUUGUGCUUCAGUGCCUGAAGAAGUUAAGAUGCUUAUGAUGAACAUUGUUUCAGAGGUUGCUAAUGCAUCAGAGAAGAGAAGAAAAUUGAAUAGUAUUCAUGAAGAAGGUAUUGAUGGAGUGGAAGUGGAGUCAAAUACUAGUCAAUAUGGAAUACAACGGAAAGGGAUGCUUGCUUUGAAAGGAAGAGGAAAAGCAAAAGUUGUUCAAGCUAGUGGUGAGGGAGUUCAGGCAACUUUAAAUCAGUUAUAUAAAAAAGGUGACAAAGAUAAAGUUGAUGAUCAAUGUGCUGAAUUUUGGUACACAAGUGCCAUUCCAUUCAAUGUUAUUAAAAAUCCAGCUUUUGCAAAAUUUUGUGACAUGGUUGGGAGAUAUGGGAUUGGCUAUAAACCUUCAUCAUAUCAUGAUAUCAAAGAGAAGCUUUUGAAAAGAGCAGUGGAGAAAACUGAUGUAAUGCUUCAAGAAUUUAGGGAUGAGUGGAAGAAAACUGGUUGCUCAAUUAUGUCUGACGGGUGGACAGAUAAAAAAAGACGUUCAAUUUGUAAUUUUUUGGUGAACAGUCCAAAAGAGACAAUAUUUCUUUAUUCAUUGGAUACCUCAGACAUCUCAAAAAUAGCUAACAAAGUGUUGAAGAUGUUGGAUGAUGUAGUGGAUUUUGUUGGAGAGGAGAAUGUAGUGCGGGUGAUAACUGAUAAUGCUGCAAAUUACAAAGCAGCUAGAAAAUUGUUGAUGCAUAAACGAGAGAAUUUGUAUUGGACCACAUGUGCUGCUCAUUGCAUUGAUUUGAUAUUUAAAUAUUUUGAGAAACAUUUGAAGGUUCAUCAAACUACUAUAAAGAAGGGAAGAAGGAUCACAACCUACAUUUAUGGUAAAACAAUGUUGAUUAGCAUAAUGAAGAAGUUCACAAAUGGAAGAGACUUGAUUAGGCCUGCUCUAAAGAUUGGAAAACAAGCAAGUUUGGAACUUCACAAGAGGGGAAAAAAGUACAGAAUGUGGAUUUGGAUAGUCGAUUUUGGAAGAACGUAA